AUGUUUGUCCAAUUGAGCAAGAGACUAGUAACCAGAUCCGCAGGGGCCGCACGUGGGUUUUCUCUGUCUGUCGCUAGACGCGACCUGGUUCAAGAUCUAUAUUUGAAAGAGCUUCGCAACACCAAGGUGGCAUCCAUGACGUCCCAGGACGCGCAAGGCUCUGUUAAACCGUGGGUACUUCCAAGCAAGCCCAGCGCACCUGAAUUUGGUCUAAGCGGUGCGGUGGACGAGCUGAACGCUUAUGAGGCACAGGAAGUUGAAACCGUGGGCGAGCAGGAGGCUGCGGAGACAACAGAAGCUGCCGAAGGUGAUUGGCUGGUGUUGGAAGAAGUCGAGGAGAAGGACUCCCAUCACUAG